CUCCUCCUCUCCCUCCCUCUUCUCCGCACUGUACUCUCCGGGGGCUCUGGGUACCGCUGCAGCAUCACUCGCCACCUCCAUCCCGGAGGCUGGGAGAGCGGGGCGGAAGGGGAGGGCUGCGGGGGACAAGCUGAAUGAAUGGGCAUCGCCUCGGUGCUGCUGGAGCCUCCGCAUAGGGGCGAGGCGGCCGGACCGCGCCGCGGGCAGGGGGGCAGCGGCGGCCGGCCAGCGGCCGGGACCGGGCCGGGCCGGGCCGGGCCGAGCCGAGCCGGGCCCCCCGCCGGGCCCGCCGCCGCCGCCGCCGGGGCGCUGCGAGGAGCGGGCGCUGCCCCGCCGCGGGACCGCUCCGGGCCGGGCGCCGCCUCCCGCCGUCGCCGACCGAGCCCAAGAAGCCUGGUGAGCACGGUCACCGAGCUGCCGCCUGGCUCUGCCCACCCCGCAGCCAGCGCAUGGACCACCAACGUCCUCCAGCUCGUGAAUGACGGCAGCAUCCUGGCGGAAGAGUCACCUCGGAGAUCAGCGUCUGGACUGUCUUCAUGAGGGACAGCUCUGGAGCCCAGAAGGACACAAGGUGCACAGGAUGCUGAAUCUGGCCUAGUCCCCAAGCCCAGCGAGCUGUGAGAGGUGCAGGGACAUCUGCCAUCUGCGGGGGAGCGGGGUCGGCGCUUCUGCAAGGGCUCUGCCGCACCAUCCCUGAGCGAUGGUCUAGGAAACACUGGGACCAUGAAGGGCUUAGGAGAUAACAGAAGCCGCCACCUCUCUGAUAACCUGGACUCCCCUCAAGACUCUCUUUAUGCGCCCCAGGACAGGAAUCCUUAUCUCCUCAGCCCCACCGACUCUUUCACCAUGGACCCCCGAUUCCCAGCCCAGAACACCCUCCAUGGCGACUGUCUCCUUCCUCUCAACAACCAGAUCUCCAACAGCAGCACCUUCCCCCGCAUCCAUUACAACUCCCACUUCGAGGUCCCAGAUGACAACCCUUUUCCGAGCCAUGCCCAAGCCACUAAAAUCAACCGCCUGCCUGCAAACCUCCUUGACCAGUUUGAGAAGCAGCUGCCCAUCCACAGAGACGGCUUCAGCACCCUCCAGUUUCAGAGGAGCGAUGCGAAGCACCGCAGCGAGAGCCCUGGGCGCAUUCGGCACCUUGUCCACUCUGUCCAGAAGCUAUUCGCCAAGUCCCAGUCUCUGGAGGGCCCCACCAAAGGCAAUGUGAACGGGAAGAAGGGGGCAGAUGACCCCAAGCAAAACCGGAGGAGCAAGAGCAAAGACCGAGCGAAGACCUCCGAGCCCAAGCGCAGGACCAGAUCCAACAUAUCAGGCUGGUGGAGCUCAGAUGACAACUUAGACAGCGAUACCUGCAGCUACCGCAACCCAAUGGGCCUCAUGACAUUGGGGCGGCAGCCGGACCACAGCCAGCCGAAGUAUUUCAUGCACGCUUACAAUACCAUCAGCGAGCACAUGCUGAAAUCCUCCAAGAGCAAUAACGACCUCAAGGUCACCCCUUGCACCAAUAUCCCCAUCAACAAUGACUCCAACUACAUAAAGAGGGGCUCCUGGUCCACGCUGACACUCAGCCAUGCCCGGGAAGUGUGCCAGAAAGCCUCCGCCACAAUCGACAAAGCCUUGCUGAAAUCCAAGUCCUGCCAUCAAGACUUGGCCUACCACUACCUGCAGGAUGUGCCGGCGUGCCCAGUAAGCCCCGCUCUACAGAGCUUCCCCGGAGCGCUGCCUGACGGAGGGCUGUGGGCACAGCUGGGUGGCGUGAGCCCGGCCAGCAGCUGGGCAGCCCCACCGCUCGGCUGGGAGGACACGGGUGCCGCCCCGCUGCAGCCGAGCGAGCCCCCACGGAGGUGGGACCAGCCCCUCAGCCCGGGGCCGACCGACGCAGGCAGCGGCCAGGUGCCUCAGGGGGAGUGGAACAACACGCUGUCUCGGGACAAAGACAGCGAGAUCCCGUGCCGGCGCAUGCGGAGCGGGAGUUACAUCAAAGCCAUGGGGGAUGAUGAUAGCGAAGACUCAGAAACCAGCCCCAAACCAUCCCCGAAAACUGCAGCUCGGAGGCAGAGUUACCUCAAGGCCACCCAACAGUCCCUGAGUGAGCAGAGCACCACACAAAGGAGCCUGGACCGCCUGGACUCUGUUGAGAUCCUCCUACCUCCGAAGUUCCCAACCUGGGAGGAAGAAUACAACCAGAUCCCUGACAGCGUCAAUGAGUCCAGUUGCAUCAGCCAGAUCUUUGGACCCCCCUCACUUAUCCCUCAGAUAUUUACCCAUGGAGAGCAGGCGCCAGAGCCGGAGCUGGGGGAGCAGUACGAGGCGGUCUGCGACUCUACCUACAGCGAGGCCGAGUCGGCUGCCGCGGAGGUGCUGGACCUGCCUCUGCCCAGCUACUUUCGCUCCCGGAGCCACAGCUACCUCCGAGCCAUCCAGGCGGGCUGCUCCCAGGAAGAGGACACGGGCUCCGUCCGCUCCAUCUCCCCACCACCGACGGGCAGCCUCAGCGGCAGCAGGACCUUGCCCACCAACAGCAGUUCAUCAUGCCUAGUGGCAUAUAAAAAGACUCCACCUCCUGUCCCACCUCGGACCACAUCCAAGCCGUUCAUCUCUGUCACUGUGCAGAGCAGCACUGAAUCGGCGCAGGACACCUACCUGGACAGCCAGGACCACAAGAGUGAGGUGACCAGUCAGUCGGGACUCAGCAAUUCUUCGGACAGCUUGGACAGCACUAGGACACCCAGUGUGACGAGGGGGAGCGUCGUGACUCCAGCGAGAGAGACUCCAGAGUUACCCCAGAAAAAUGCAACUUUGAAAAGUGAUAAAGGGACUCUGACUAGCGAAGAGCCUAAAGUGGAGAAUAUCCCCAAAAGAAAGCUGUCGUCUAUAGGAAUACAAGUUGACUGCCUUCAGCCAGUGGCAAAAGAGGAGCCUCCUCCACCAGCCACCAAAUUCCAGUCCAUCGGGGUACAGGUAGAGGACGAGUGGCGAAACAGCCACUCUCGCAGCAUGUCCUCCAAACAGGACACAGACUCUGACACGCAGGAACCUAGUAACUCUAGCUGUAAAUCAUCUGAGAGAAGCCUCGCUGAGUGCCCCCAACACAACAACUCCGUUGGUGUUGAUGCCACUACCAGGCAACCAGCCAAGCCCUCACAGAUUAAGAGAAACCUCUCCUAUGGAGAAAACAAUGACCCAGCCCUGGAGCCUUCCUCUCUCCCUCCUCCUGACCCCUGGCUUGAGACGUCCUCCACCUCGCCAUCAGAACCCACGCAGCCAGGGGCCUGCCGGCGGGACGGGUACUGGUUUCUGAAGCUGCUGCAGGCAGAAACAGAGCGGUUAGAAGGCUGGUGCCGCCAGAUGGACCAGGAGACCAAAGAGAACAAUCUCUCUGAAGAAGUCUUAGGAAAAGUCCUGAGCGCAGUGGGCAGUGCACAGUUACUAAUGUCACAGAAGUUCCAGCAAUUCCACGGCCUCUGUGAACAAAACUUGAACCCUAAUGCCAAUCCCAGACCCACAGCCCAGGACCUAGCCGGGUUUUGGGAUCUCCUGCAGUUGUCCAUUGAAGACAUCAGCAUGAAGUUUGAUGAGCUGUACCACCUGAAAGCUAAUAGCUGGCAAUUGGCAGAGACACCGGAGAGAAAGGAAGAGAAGAAACCACCCCCUCCAGUGCCAAAGAAGCCAGCCAAGUCCAAAUCCCAACUGAACCGGGACAAAGCCUCUGACUCGGACAAGCAGCGCCAGGAAGCUCGCAAGCGUCUCAUGGCAGCCAAGCGGGCCGCCUCUGUCCGGCAGAACUCGGCCACGGAGAGCGCAGAUAGCAUCGAGAUCUACGUACCCGAGGCACAGACCCGUCUUUGAGCAAAGGGGCAGAGGAAGGAACCGUGUGGUUUUUAUAAGUCAUUAAAAAGGAAAAAAAAAAAAAAAAGGUUCUCUCUAAACUAGUGUGAUUUAUUCAGUCUAGAGACAAUGAGCCAUCCUUGAAAAGGGCUCCUGAGUUGGCUUUUUUCUCUCAGCUUUAAGUAAUGAAGAUUUUAAAAAAAGAAAAAAAGAAAAAAAUACCCCUCGUUUUCUCACUGGCUGUGGUGUUGCUGAACGGACUGAACAGACUCCUGGAACCUCCAGCCCCUCGACUUGGAACUUCAGUCUUUUUACUCGUUCUAUCUAAUGAGAAUUAUUAGCUUGUUUACAAGAAGAGGACAAGAAAACAUGAAGCCUUGAGCACUUGCCAUGCUGUGUUCUUCCUCCUCCUCAGUUCCGUUCUCCCUUCUCAUCCUUUAUUUUUUCCCUCCUCCGGCUCCCUUUAUCCCACCUUUUGCAUGGCUUCGUUUACCGUGUUAGAAAUAACCUCUCUUCCACAGAGCUCCCGAAGAGAACACCCAUUCAGUGUGUACUACUGUUGCACUCUGCUAGCAAGCAGCCUUUCUUGGGGUUUGGUUUUUUUUGUUUGUUUUGUUUUCCUUUCGAUGGGGAUAUUGGGGUGGGGGGAGGACGGGGUGGGCAGGGACAGGACAGCGGGUGCGUAUUCCUCUGUUUUAUUGAAGUGAGAGGAUGAGACAGGGUCUGUGGAAUGUAAUUGCGGAGUCGUUGAAACGCAGCCCCGGAAGCAAAUGUGCAAUAAGCUGGCGAAGGGGGAAGGGACGGCGCUUGGCUGGCUGAUCCCGGGAGAGCAGGACCCCACUCCAGGCACGGGAGGGGAGCGGAAGGACCACAGAGCAACUACAGGCACGAUCCACACACGCUUCACUUUGAUUUUUCUCCUCUUCCCUUUGCAAAAUUCUUUUCCUUGACUUGCUUGUUGAGAAAGAAGCUGCUACACUGGGGGGUGGGGGGGGUGUACCU